AUGGCAUGGAUCGAUUAUAAGAAAGCAUUUGAUAGUUUCCCACAAUCCUGGAUUUUGGAAGUAAUGUCUAUAUAUAAAUUACCAAGUGAUAUCAGAAUAUUCAUUGAAAAUUCAAUGUCUAACUGGAAAACCAGAAUGUGUCUCUACCACGACAAAGAUAAAUGUGCCACCAUAGAAAUAAGGAAGGAGACAGUGAUGCUAAAUGAUGGUGUUGAUGUUCGUCCUGAAACUCAUAUCAGAGGUGUUGAUGUAGAGGAGACGUACAGAUACUUGGGAAUGGAAGAGGUGGGAGGAAUUCAACAGCAAAUGAUGAAGGAACAGAUACAAAAAGAGUAUAACAAUAGAAUAAGAUCCAUAUUAAAGACCCAUUUGUAUGCCAAAAAUGAAGUGAUAGCCAUUAACAGCCCAGCAAUCCCGUUUACUGGAUUGAUAACCGACGACAACACCAAAAACAACAACGACGACAACGCCACAAGCAACUCCAGUAAGAACCAGAAACAAAACAACAACAACAUCAACAACAAUGAUUACAAUAAUAAUAAUAACAACAAUAAUGCGAACGACAACCUACCCUGCACCUCCCACUCGAAACUCACCAACAACAACUAUACAUACAAAACACCAACCAGCCAAAUCACAAGGCAACAACACACCAGAACAACAGCAAACGGUAAAAACAGACGAUCAAUAGAUGAAACCGAGCCCGACACACCACUUACCACAACGAACAACACCAACAUCACAUCCAACUCCAAUCCCGCAACCCCCAUGGUCGACCUCAAUUUCAGCUCUUUUAUGGACAAAGACGAUGAUGAUCUACUCUUUGAGUUCGACAUGAACUCUAUCAUCAACAGCAUCACAUCACACAGCACGGACAUCAACAGACAUUCAACUCACACACAAACAAUCCAACAGCAUCACUACAAACCCAACAACAAACGAACUAAAAACGCCAUUGGCCGCAAACAACUUGGCUCAAACGUUUGCCAAUUAACACUAGCAUGCUCUAACAAAACAGCACAAUUUUCUAGCAAUAUAAAUGUCUUAAAUAAAGUAACUUGUGCAUUUUUUGUCGGAUUAAUGAAAAAUCUGGGUCCGAUAACUGAACAUGCCGACGUAAUUUUUGAUAAAAUUAUAACAAAUGAAGAUGAUAUCUAUGACAAAUACAGUGGAAGAGUUACAGCUCCGGUUCCUGGCAUCUAUCAAUUCCACGUUAUCAUUUCUGCUCAAGGAAAACAUAAGCUCAAAAUAGAAAUACAAUGGCACCUAGACAGCUGA